UUGGUUGAUGUCCAUCACAUAGUUUACUUGUAGUCUUGUCGGUGUUCAGUGUCCACCAAUCCUCGAAUUUGGCCCAACGGCGCCACCACCACCAAUUAAAGGCCGAAGCCACCGUCCGGGCGCGACGUUGUCGGACUCCCCUUCAUCGCCUCGAUUAAAGUCCUCUUUAGUGGCACACUUUUACUGUAGUUUCGCCGGGCUUCGUUCUCAAUUUUAUCUUUGUUUUUUUUUUCCUGGUAUUGGUUAAUCGAAUCCUUUAAGCCUCGCCUCUCGAUCCAACAGAAACGUGCGAGAAAUUCCCGUAGCUCUCUUGUUUUUUAUUUUUGGGGAUUGGAAUGGAGGAUUGGAACGGAGGAUCGGAGGCGUUUCUCGAACUGGAUCUAGGGUUUUAGAUGAGAUUUUUGCACCAUGGCCAUGCGAGGCGUCGAUUUCAAGUGGUACGACGGAUUCUUCUUGUCCAUGUUGGCUACGAGCAUAAUUAUUGUGUCGAUCAACUGGAAGCGGUACCAUCUAUGCACGCAUCCCUUGCACAUAUGGAUUGUGGUUGACUAUACCACUGUCUUCAUAUUUCGACUGCUAAUGUUUGUGGACAACGGGCUUGCAGCUGGAAUGGGUUUAGAUCUUGGAUCAGAACAAAGAUAUGCUCGCUUUUGUGGAAGGCUAGUGGUUCUUUCCAUUCUCAUUUUGCUCCUUUAUCCUUUUCUUUGGGUUUGGACUGUGGUUGGCACAUUAUGGUUCACCAGUGCAAGAAGCUGUCUGCCAGAAGAAGGCCAGAAAUGGGGUUUUCUCAUAUGGCUACUUUUCAGUUAUUGUGGAUUAGUUUGCAUAGCUUGUAUUUCUGCUGGAAAGUGGCUGACACGUAGGCAAGCCCACUUACAGCGCGCUCAACAUGGAAUUCCAAUCUCAGAAUAUGGGGUUCUGGUUGACAUGAUAAGAGUACCUGAAUGGGCAUUUGAAGCUGCCGGUCAGGAACUCAGUGGAAUGGGUCAAGAUACUGCAUACCAUCCAGGACUGUAUCUAACGGCAGCCCAGAGGGAAGCCGUGGAGGCUCUUAUUCAAGAACUUCCCAAGUUUCGAUUGAAGGGCGUUCCGACCGACUGCAGUGAAUGCCCCAUCUGCCUUGAAGAAUUCUGUGUUGGAAAUGAGGUCCGAGGACUCCCAUGCGCUCACAACUUCCACGUGGAGUGCAUCGACCAAUGGCUCCGGCUGAACGUGAAAUGCCCAAGAUGCCGCUGCUCCGUGUUUCCCAAUCUGGACUUGAGUGCCCUCUCCAACCUCCAAGCAGAUUCGGAACGCCCUUCGCCCGGCGUGGUUGCCACUGCCUCAAGGUAUGUACGGAACCAACAGCCUACCGGCCAGAGCUAUCUCCUGCGGCUGCAGGAACUGCUGCUCCGCUCUGUGCGCGGCGAGAAUGCAGGUGCAGCUGACAACUUUGCUGACAUUGAGAGUGGAGGAGUACAGGUAGUCGUCUCUCAGGUGCCACCUAAUAUAAUUGUCCCUGUUGUGUCCUAUACUGUUGUCGACCGAGCUCUUGACCGUGAAUAACAUGUUUAUUAUUUGGAUAUAAGCCAUAGAUGCCAAUUACGCCCGUUGCUCCUAAAUGGAAGGCAUGGUUUAUGCUUGGGCAUCAUUAUGUUUACACUUUUUUGACCUCGUACUUUAUUUUUUGGGGAGAUUUGACAUGCUAGUUGAAUUUGCUUGUUUAAAGCCGAUCAA